GCCUGGCCGGAGAGCUGGGCCCGGCCGGCCGCGCGCCCGUCGCCUUGACGACCGCGGCAAGAUGGCGGAGAAGCCUAAGACCCUGCCUCUGAGCCCCCUGCAGCUGGAGGAACUGCGCCUUUUCAAGAUUCAGACCCGGAUCGCUAAUGAAAAGUACCUGAGGACCCACAGAGAAGUGGAGUUGCUCAUUAGUGGUUUCUUCAGAGAAAUUCUGUUGCAAAGACCAGACAACAUCCUUGAUUUCGCUACCGAAUAUUUCGUGGAUCCAGCGCUUCCCAACAAGAUUCGCAUGCAGCUAAUUAAGGAGAAGAAAGCGGCUUAAUUAGCAGAAUCCUGAUGCUCAGCUGCUGAGGGCCCGAGGCCGGCCUCCUCGGCGCGGGUGGGCCUCGCUCCCACCGGCCUGUGCCCUGGUCAUCUGGGAGCAGGCGAGCCUGUGGCCACCAGCUUGCACGCUACCCUGGACUCUGGGCCAGGAAUGGGGGCUUUCAGAGUUGCUCAUUAAAGACAGACCUUCCUGAC